AUGGAUCAAUACAACCAUUCAAGCCUGGCUGAAUUUGUGUUCUUUGGCUUUGCCAGUGGGGGCUAUGUCGGGGUCUGCCUUUUUGUCCUGCUCCUGUUGGCAUACCUGUUCACCAUCUGUGGCAACAUGCUCAUCUUCUUAGUCAUCCGACUGGAAUCAGCCCUGCACACACCCAUGUACCACUUCGUCAGUGUUCUCUCCUUCUUGGAGUUGUGGUAUACGGCUACCACCAUCCCUAAGAUGCUAGCUAAUAUUAUCAGUGAGAAGAAAACCAUUUCUUUUGCAGGAUGCCUCCUUCAGACCUAUUUCUUUCACUCCUUGGGAGCCUCUGAGUGCUACCUUCUUACAGCCAUGGCCUAUGAUAGAUACCUGGCCAUUUGUCGGCCCCUCCACUACCCUGCAAUUAUGACGACCACCCUCUGUGCCAAGAUGGCUGCCGCUUGUUGGACUUGUGGCUUCCUGUGUCCAAUUUCUGAGGUCAUCCUGGUCUCCCAGCUCCCAUUCUGUGGUUACAACGAAAUCCAACACAUUUUCUGUGACUUUCCACCUUUGCUGAGCUUGGCCUGCAAGGACACAUCCACUAACAUUCUGGUGGACUUUGCCAUUAAUGCUUUCAUAAUUCUUACCACUUUCCUCUUUAUCACGAUUUCUUAUGCAAGGAUCAUUGGGGCUGUGCUGCAGAUAAAAACUACGGCAGGAAGAAAGAAGGCCUUCUCUACCUGUGCCUCACAUCUUGCUGUGGUCCUCAUCUUCUUUGGGAGCAUCAUCUUCAUGUACGUGCGACUAAAGAAGAGCUAUUCACUGACCCUUGACCGGACACUUGCUGUAGUUUACUCCGUACUAACACCAAUGGUCAACCCAAUUAUCUACAGUCUUCGUAACAAGGAACUCAUUAAAGCCAUCAGGAGGACCAUCUUCCAGAAAGGGGAUAAAGCUCGUCUUGCUCAUCAUUGACUUUCUUCCAAGGUCCCUUCUCACUUUUAUAUUCAAUUCAUAAAAGCUCUAUGUUCCUUUAGCUUGGCCUUGAAUAAUCUUCCCAUCAUCACACAUGCUCUGAAUUUCAUUUCCUUUCACCUCUUCAAAGACUUAAUUUCUUUAUGGUUUUCUUGUUUUCUACAUCUUUACUUUUUCCAUUUUUUUUUUUUUUGAGAUGGAGUUUCGCUCUUGUUACCCAGGCUAGAGUGCAAUGGCGCCAUCUCGGCUCACCGCAACCUCCGCCUCCUGGGUUCAGGCAAUUCUCCUGCCUCAGCCUCCUGAGUAGGUGGGAUUACAGGCAUGCACCACCAUGCCCAGCUAAUUUUUUGUAUUUUUAGUAGAGACAGGGUUUCACCAUGUUGACCAGGAUGGUCUCGAUCUCUUGACCUCGUGAUCCACCCGCCUCGGCCUCCCAAAGUGCUGGGAUUACAGGCAUGAGCCACCGUGCCCGGCCCUUGCUUUUUCCAUUUUUUACUUGAUCACUUAUGUCAGCAUUUAAGAAUAUUAUAGUAUCUAUAUUCUUUUCAAAAAAAAAAAAAACAUGUAUAUUUCCUUGGCCACAUGUGUCCAUCCAGCUAGAGAUCAAUUUCUCUGCUCCUUUUUCCAAUCAAACUUCUCAACACACCAUAUCUCCUCUUCUUGACUUCAUAUUCACUUUUCAACCCUUUCCAAUCUUAUUUUGACUUAGACCUUCCGGCUAAUAUUUUGUGAAGGUCAUUAUUGACCUCCAUGCUACCAAAUCCGUUAGGAAAUUAUUUUCCUCCUCUGACCUGAACUCUUGACACAUGACCAGUUUCUAUGCCAUUGAUCUUAGCUUUUUAUUCCUUAACUCUCAUGACACCAUCACCUCCCAAUUUUCUUCUUAUCUUUCUAGUGAGUCUUUCCCAGCCUUCAUUGUCCUGCCUGCUAUCUCCUUAGAUGCUCAGAGUUAUUCUCAUGGAUUUAAAUACAAUCUCUAUCAUAAGGGCUGUUACAUUUUUAUCUCCAAACUACAAUUUUUCUCUAAAUUCUGGACUUAUAUGUUCAAAUUCCUACUUAUCAACACUACCUGGAUUGGAAUUCUCAAUAAUUUAAAACUUAACAUGUCAAAAUGAUUUCUUAAAAUUUCUAACCAUAAAAGCUUGACGCUUUUGUUUCCCUGUGUUUCUUUUGGAAAAUUUCAAAUGCUCUAUCUUACUUCCUUUUCUUGCACCCAUAAUUCCAAUAAAUUGUUAAUGUAUUCUAAUCUUUUCACAAAAUAUAUUCUUAGAGCAAUUUAUUUCUUAUUCUCUUUGGUGUUGCUCCCCUGGUAUAAAUCCCCAAUAUCUUUCAACUGGAUUCGUAUAAUAAAAUUCUACCCACACCCCUUUCUUCUACUCUCAUUCUAGCCUAAUAUAUUUUUUCCACAUAAAAUACAAAGAAAUGUAUUUGAAACCCAAACUGUAUAAAUCAUUUUAUAAAAACAUGAGAAAUUCUCAAUUACCUUUAGGAUAAAAUUGAAAGCCUCGCCAUACUUUAUAGGGCUAAACAAAAUUCUUCCCUGCCUUCCUCUCCAACAUAGACUUACACCGCUUCUCCCUCAGCUCCCUCUUUCCUAGUUACAUGAUUAUUCUUUCAGGUCUUCAAAUACAUUAUGGAUUUUUCUGGCUUCAGGUCUUUACCCUGUUUUUUCCCCAACAUUUCAUUUGGCUCACUCUUCCUAAUUGUGUGAGUUUCUGUUCAAAUAUCAAUUUCCAGACAUUACCUUUGAGAGGACUUCUGAACACUCAAUCUAAUUUAUGUCACUCAUUUUUAUCUCUGAUGUAUGUUUUGCUUUUCCUCAAAAUAUGUAUCACAAUUUAUACAUUUGUGGACAUUUGUGUAUGUAUAGAUAUAGUUAUAGAGAGAUAUAGUUUGUCAUUCUUUCCUGCAAGUAUCUAUAAACCGGAGUUUGUCUCAAAUUA